AUGCGAAGAACACUUGCCCGUCUCCAGCACCACUCCAACGCGUUUGUUCGAAUCGUCGAGGUUGCGCCUCGAGACGGUCUUCAAAACGAAAAGAAGAUCCCUUCCACCGAAACUAAGACUUCUCUGAUUGACCGGCUGGUAGCUACCGGCCUUCAGACUGUGGAGGUGACCUCGUUUGUGUCGCCCAAGUGGGUCCCUGCCAUGGCAGAUAAUGAAGCCAUUCUGAAACACUGCAACCAGACCCAUGGAGGAACCACUGUCGACUUCCCAGUGCUGACCCCUAAUGCCAAGGGCAUGCAGAAGGCAUUGGAGCUCGGAGCCAAGGAGGUGGCCAUCUUUGCUGCUUCUUCCGAUGGCUUCGCUAAAAAGAAUACAAACUGCACUGUUGAUGAGAGCUUUGAGCGAUUCGAGGAAGUUCUGAAACUGGCCCGUAACGCUGGCCACCCAGUCAAGGUCCGAGGCUACCUGUCUACCGUCAUUGGAUGUCCCUAUGACGGUCCCACAGAACCCGCACGUGUGGCAGAGCUAGCUCAGAGACUCAUUGAUCUGGGAUGUUACGAGGUAUCUCUAGGUGACACUAUCGGUGUUGGAACUCCCGGAACCAUUGAGAUGAUGUUGGAUCAGGUGAUGCGACGGGUGCCCGCUGAGAUGCUGGCUAUUCACGCCCACGACACUUACGGCCAGGGUGUUGCCAACGUCAUGAAGGCAGUCGAUAUGGGGGUUCGUGUGGUUGACGCCUCUGUAGCUGGUCUUGGAGGCUGUCCCUACGCAAAGGGAGCUACUGGCAAUGUUGCCACUGAAGAUGUGGUCUAUGCCCUGCAUGGAAGUGGCUACGACACUGGUGUCAACCUGGAUCUACUGGCUGAAACUGGCGAGUGGAUUUCCAAGGAGCUCGGUCGACCCAACGGAUCCCGAGCCGGUCGAGCAAUCUGGACCAAGAACCAGGCCAAAAUUUGA